AGCAAUUAAUCAUCAAGCACUUAAAGAUUAAGAGAGGGUGAGAAUGGGGUUGAAUGGGGGUGGCAACUCAAUGGGACAGGGACACUACCCUAAUUGGGGAUGCAAGAAGGAGAGCAAAUACAAAGGAGUCAAGAAUGGCUAUGCAAUGGGUUACAGUGGAAGUGAAUGUUCCCAAAUCCACAAUCCCACCACCUACGGUAUGAGCAAACCCCAGAAUGUUUAUGGAAUGGCUGAAACCUGGGAUGAGUUUGGUCAAUCUUACGGUAACUACAAGUCCCAAAAUGGACCUUCAAUGUCCAAAACUCAACUUGAUCAUGUUCCUGGGAAUGGAUAUGGCAAGAUGCAAUCGUAUGGCUAUGGCAAUAAUAAUAGCCACGGGAAGCAUGAAGGUCGUGUUUAUGGCUAUGGGAUGGGCCAUGGUUUCGCUAAUCACGGACACUAUGAAAGCUAUGAAGAGACGGACGGCUAUGAGGAGUACGCGAUGAAUGGGAUAGUCCGUAGCCAGCCGCACCGUCUCGGCAAUCACUCCGGGCAUGGAAAUGGGUUCAUGACGCCUCAAUCAUACGGCCCUGCUAAAAUCAUGGGGUUUGAAUGUACUGAACCCGAGUACAGCGAAACACGCUUUUCCAACGACUCACAGUAUUACGGCGGAGGCCGUGUAUACCAUGGUGGCAACGGCCACUCGGCUAAGGGUCUGAUGAAAAACAAUUCGGGUGAAAGCAGCCGCAGUGACUCUGAGAGCGACGACGAAGACAAUCAUCAUGGUGGGUUUAACAAGGUCUGGAAAAGCAAAGCAAUAUGAUGAGUUCUAUGUAUGCAUAAACAUGGUAGAUAUGUUGGCAUGAUGAUAAGCCUGCCAGACUAUAUAAAAUUAAAUAAACUUGCGAUGUAAGGAGCUGGAGAAUGUAUCUUCUUCCUUCUUGUUAUUUGUGUUUAAUGUCAUACGGUGUUACGAAUUAAUGAUAAAACUUCUGACCUUGAAUGCGACCUGUUAA